AUGUCAGAGGAAGGAAAAAAUCUGACAGAUAAAUCAUUGGAAACCAAUACUUAACAUUCAUUAUAUCGACUAAUAUAUUUGAUGAUUCGGGAUUAAAACUAAUCGAUCAUUGUGCAUAGUACAACCAUGUUGAUCACUCUGAUGCAAAUUCAUUAUUUCAAAUUCCAUCAUAUGAUUGUUUCAGUUUGGUCGGAAAAUAAUGCAGAUAUCUUGACUGAUAUCUUUGGAUAUUUUAAUUUUACUCAUUAUUUGUUGAAUUAGGAUUAUAGUGCAGUACAAAUAUUAAUUUAUGUUUCUAUUGCAUUGCUAUGUUUUUGGGUGUUCUUGUUUUUAACAUCAAUUAUCUUCAUAUUGAACUAGAAAGAUCCGGUUUAAUUAUUAAUCAACAUUUUAAAAUACAUGACAUAUGUAUUCAGUACUAUACUCUAUAUACCUGUGCUCUUCUUGUUUACUCUAAUGUAGUUCUCAAUUAGUUGUACAAAUGGAUACAUGGAUCAUUUUCCAAAUUAAAAAUGUUGGUAAGGAUUAUUUGUCAUAGAUUAAAUACUUUCGAUAAUUGGUUUGAUAAUACUAUUCCUGAUGUGCUCAUCAGUUAGUCUUUUAUUAUUUGAUGGCACCUUUGACUAAGAGAAAGCACUAUCAAAGAGAAAUGGAAGAUGCACAGCCUUGACCUCAAUCCAUUUUGGUAUAGUAGUAUUGCUAUCUAUGUUACCACAUAAUGAGAACUCCUAGGUUUUUUUUGAGGUUUAUUAAUUAAUUGGAUCCGUGGUUUGUUUUUUGUAUGCCAAGAAAAAUGACGCAUAUAAUAAUAGAAUUAUGUAGAAGUUAUUUUUAACAUAUCUUACUUUAGAAAUGUGGGCAUCCCUUAUGUUAUGUAUAUCUAAUUUAGUGGAGAAGAGAAUAAUGGUCGGUUCUUUGUAUACAUGGCUGUUUUGCUUGCCCUUUGUGUUCAUGAUACAGUUAUUAUAAUAAUAGAAGAGGGAAUAGUGUUUGAUGAUUUAUGUAAAUAAGUUUGAUAAUCCUGUGUAAUUGGUGAAUCAUGUGCAUGAAGUCAUCAAAUUAGUGGAAUAUGAUAAAAAAAGAUUACCUUAAGGUUAAUUACUAAACGGUUACAUUGAAUUUCACAAUUAAACUUGUCCAAAUCCACUAUGUCCAUUAAAGAAAGUGAAAUUCUCCUUAAAUAUGUUCAAAGCAAAAAAUGAAUUGGUUAGUAAAACAGACAAGAGACACUAACUCGUUUAUGAUACAAUGACUAAACUUUUCAUUAUGGGAAUAGGGAAAUUUCCUACUGAUGUCUUUAUUCGAAUAGAAUAUGCUCUGUUUACUCUAAGAAUUUUGAAGUCCAAACCUUAGGCUUUAGAGGAAUUAAGUAAUAUCGAAAAGCUGAAAACAUCAAUAGAUGAAAAAUAUAUCUUAUUUUAUAUAAAAAGUGUGAUAGAGGCUGAGAUAUCUGAAUUAAGUGGGGAUGGGUAAGAUUUUACUGAAUAAAGAGAUUUUGAUGAGAAAUUUGGAUCUUUUAAAUAAGCUAUGGAAAGAAGUGUAAGUUUAUUGAUGGAGUUCUGGUCUUAAUUUGCAGAUGAGAAGCCUGAUUUGGUAAAGUUAUAUGAAAUUGGAUCAAAGUUGUUUCCAAUUAGAAUGUAUGUUGAUACAACUUGGAAAAGACUUUAGAGAAUCUAAAAUCAAUAAUUACCAUAGGCAUUAAGAUUAUAUUCUAAAUAUUUAAUUGAGAUUUUUAAUGAUAGAAUAUCAGGGUUUGAUUUACUUGAACAAGCCAGGAAAAUCGAAAGUUCAUUUGCACAAAGAAAAGCCUUUAAAUUAGGAAUGACAUCAAAUUUGAAUGUUGAUGGAUAAGAAGAUGGUUGUGUUUUUAUUUCAUUGGAAGAAGAGAAGUUUGGUUAGAUCUAUGCGAUUAACAUGGCUGCAGCUUCAUUAUUGGGAUUCGAUAAAAAUGAACUUAUGAAUAAGAAAGUCAAUAAUAUUAUGCCUUCAUUAUAUGCAAAACAUCAUGAUGACUUUUUAAGAAGAUUCUUGGAUACAAAUGAGGCUACUCUAUUGAAUAAAGAAAGAUUGUUAUUAGGAAAGCAUAAGAAUGGAUACUUGUAAGGGAUAAAUGUGUUAUUACGACCUGUUUAUCAUGUAUUGAAAGAAGGAGUAGAGUUUGUGGGUACAUUCAAAAAAGAAAAGAGAAUUAAGGAUGCAGCUUAUUUGGUUUGUAAUAAGGAAUAUGUGGUUGAAGAUAUUUCAGGAGGUUGUAUAAAUUUAUUGGGGUUGGAUGUAAAAUCAUUAUCAAUUCAAGAAAUUCAUCUUUUUGAUUUGUUUCCUGAAAUCAAGGAAUGUUAUGGUGAUUUUAAAUUGAAAUAAGGAAAGUCGAUUGAUUUUAUAUUACCAAAAGUCUUAGAUGAUCAUAUUGCAUUUGGAGCAUCAGAUACAACUAUUAGAUUGAGUGUGUCCAUUUUGGAUAUUAAUUUCUUAAUUAUGAAAAGUUCAGAAAAUGAAUAAGGUUUAGCUGGAUAUUAAGUUAAAAUUGAAAGAUAGGUUGACUUGUCAUCUUCAAAUAUUAAGUAAUUUCAGAAGAAAUUAUCUAAGAAUUAAAACUUCUCAUUUAGAUUACAAUUUCAACAAACUGGAAUGCAUUUCUAUGGAGAAUUUACUGAUGCUAAUUACAGUGAAAUGAUCACUCAUAUUCAAGAUUAGAGUAUGUUUACUAAUUAAGAGUAUGAUCUGAAAAGUAAAGAGGUUGAAAAGAAUGAGGAUAUUAUUGAUUACUCUUAAGGUAUCAGGGUAAUGAGAUUGUUUGAGGGUGUGAUUUAUGAUAUAGAAAAGUUUUAAUCUGAUGCAGAUAUGGAAAGUUAUGAGGAAAUUCAAAUCAAGAGAGAAGAACAAUAGAAUCAAGAGAAUGAUGAACCAAAUGAAUCUGGAUAUUUUAGAUCUUCUAAAGAAUUAUAAGAGACUUUAAAUGCAUAAAGUGAAAGUAAAACUAUCAGAUGGUUGUAUUACAUAUCAUUUCUACUUACAAUCCUACUGAUUAUCUUAUGUAUAUUGAACAAUGUCUUUGAGAGAGAAGAAAUCAACAAUUAGAAUUCUAAUUGGAAUAUGAUUAUCAAAUAAUCUGAUAUGAUAAUACAUCUAAACGAGAUUGUAUUGUAUUCAAGAGAAUUAAUGUUAUUGAAUCUUGGAUUAUCGUAUUAUAAUUAGGAUAAACUUCUAUUUAAUUUGAACCAAAGUAUUUUGCAAUUUGAUUCAAUGAGUAAGGACAUCUUUAUGAAGAUUUCAUUCAAUUCUGAUGUAAUGAUGAAUACUCAAUCAGGAGAAGAAAAAAGUACUUUAGAAUAGGCGAGUUAGCAAAUUGUAAGUAAAUCCCUUAACAUUCAAUAAGCAUACUCACAAUUGAAUGAAAAUUAAAUAGAUUAUUAUUAUGUGAGCUACAAUUCAUUGAAUGAUUUCAUCCGUGCUCUAUUAGAAAUGUAUAUGAAUACCAUAGAUUUAUCCAACGAAAAAACUAAUAAAUUAUACUCUGAUAUUUUAGUGAUUCUUAUAUUAUCUGCUUGUUUAACAUUCACAUCCUCGAUUGUCCUGACCUGCAUACUUACCAGCACUUUGGACAAAAGAUAAGAAAUAUUAAGCAUAUUUUUGGAUAUUCCAGAAAAAACAGCUAAAUUAUUUUACUCUAAAUGUGAAAACUUUCUAUCUUAAAUAUCUUCAAAUGAGGAUGAUGAAGUCUUGAGUGAAAUCGAUAUUAUUGAAGAUAAAGGGAAUGAUGAACCUGUAUCACUUCUGGGCAGAAAGAGAAAGAGAUUCAAGAAUAAUGAGAAUAAACACAUGGGAUUUUUUAUGAAGAUGAUAUUUAUAGCAUCGAUAAUAGAAUCAUACUUUAUCAUGAUCUAUUUCUUAGAUUAGAAUAAUGCCGAUCAAAAGAUUAAUAUCUUGAAUGAAUUCAAUCAAACAUCCUUAAGUUCUAGUUAUUAUUCUAUUUUGGUUAAUUCACUUAAAUAAUACAUUUACAAUGACGACAUCUAUUUAAUGAAUCAAGACAGCAACAAAACUAUGGUUCAGUUGAUUAAUAGUGUCUAUGAGAUUGACACUCUGUAUCAGAGAUUACAUGCAAUCAAUGUAGAAUACAAUGAUAUUUCUUAUAUUGAUUAUUACAAUUCUAUUAUGUUUGAUAAUCUAUGCACAACAAUUACUUUUACAGAAAUUACAUGUGAAUCUUUUGCUAAUGGAAUUUUAGAUCAUGGAUUGAUGACAGCAGUCUCGAGGCAUUUUCAAAACAUUCGAAAACUAUAUAAUACCUAUUAGAAUCUCAUAUCAAAUGACUCAUUUGAAUUCCCUUGGUCUAAUUACACACUCCUACUACUAUCUGCUGAUCCAAAGAAAAAUAAACUGCUUAAUUUACUCAAUACUCCUGAAAGCUUUGAAAUCAACGAUAUGUAAUUUUAGGUUCUUAAAGAGGCGUUUGCACUAUUAAAGAAUGAAUACUUAGAGGUUGUUACAAAUGAUCAAGAAAAUUAUAUUGUUCAGCAACUAAUACUAAUGAUUUUCUUCUUAUUAACACUGAUAUUAGCAGUGUUAUUUUGUUGGAAUCCCUUCUUAAGGAAAUUAAAUAGAGAAAUUUGGUCAACUAAAUGCUUGUUAACCUUCAUUCCAAUCGAUGAAAUAGCUAAAAUUAGAACUAUAAAUAAUUAUAUAAGAACAGUAAUAUUGGAAUAAAACAUUUGA